GUCUAAGGACAACGUCACGUCCUGCAAAUUGUUCCCAUGGUGACUGUAGAGUCACAGCUACCGAUCGCCGUCAAUCAGAGACCGAGAGUCGGAAAGGAGCUCUUGCUGAGAGUGUGUUGAAGCCGCAGCUGGAGAUGGCUAACCACUCAUCUCUACCGAGUCAAAAAUAUGCAGCCAGUGAACGUCAAGAGUAUCAAAAACCACAGCAGAAUGAGGAAGAAAUCUUCUACUCAGUUAGCCGUGCUGCCUAUCUUACUGUCUUUAAAAGCAGUCUAGACAACAUUACGACCAAAGAUCAGCUGCAAUUAGUGCUCCAGCAAACUGGUCGAAAUCCAUCCAACAGAGUACUUAACAAGUAUUGGACUCCACGGACCAAAGAGUUAAAUUUUGAUGAUUUCUGUGCCAUCCUAAAAAAGGAGAAACCUGCUACCAAAAAUGAGCUUCUGAAAGCUUUUAGGAAAAUAGAUACAAAUAACAAAGGAUAUAUAUUACACAAUGACUUGUAUGAAAUCCUUACCACAAAAGGUGAGAAAAUGUCUCAAGAGGAAGUCAACUCCGUGUUUCGUUUAGCUGAAGUAAACAGCAAUGGCAAGCUUGACUACAAUAAGUUUUGUAGCACAUUCUUUAAAACCUGUGAACAGUGUGCUAAGGUAGCAUCAGAGAGAAUGGACAGCAAUAGCAAAGCAAAACGACAGCAGUUUGGAAGCUAUAUCGAAAAGUCACCAGAGCGUUCCUCGUCACCAAAAUCAUCGCAUGGAAAUUUAAAGCUUUUUGAUUCUGAAACUUCUACAAGGAAAGCAGAAAAUAAAUCUUCUAGGCCCUCUUCAGCUCGUAGCUACAAAGCUACAAUGUCUACAGUAAUUAAUAUGGGCAUACCUGGGACCAGAACUGCCAAGCUCAUUGAGCCUAAUAAUUUAAAGGACUGGCAUACCACAUCAACCAAAGGAUGCUUUUUUCUGGAGGACAAUGGUGAUAUAAUCAGCCAUCAUUACAAAUUACAAGUUUCUGAAAAGUCAACAGUUUAUCUUACAAUUAAACCUUUAAACCUCAGCAAAGUUGAAGGAAAACCUUCCCCAUGGAUGUCCGUUGACACUUCCCUGUUUAUUCUUAAGGAAAAUAAUGGCCGAGCAGACCUGGUUUCUUUCACAGAGCUCAGGAACAAAGAGACCUCUGGAUGGAAAGGGGAGCUUGGAGUUGGUGUUUACUGGCUUAUUCCAUUUACAACAGGGUGUAGACUGAGGAAGAAAAAAAAACAAACCAUCAAAGAAGCUCGGUUGGUGUACAGAGAUGGAAACGAAGAUUUAGUUCUCACGCCGGAAUUUAAAUCUGCUUUAUCAGACAUGUUUGACAUAAUUGAUUUAGAUGGAAAUGGUCUUCUGAGCCUGGCAGAGUAUAAUUUCUUUGAGAUGAGAACCAGUGGUGAAAAAUGUGAUCUUGAUGCCUGGGAGGUGUGCAAAGAAAAUUUUGAAACAAAGAAAAACGAGUUAACAAGGCAGGGGUUUAUGGAGCUAAAUCUCAUGGAGGCGAACGACCGGGAAGGAGAUCCCAGUGACCUGUGGGUAACACUGCAAACCAUGGGGUACAACAAAGCACUUGAAAUGACUGAGGCAUGCCCGUUUGUUAUUGAAGUCCAUGCUGAAAAAUGCAGCCCACGGCUGAAAGCUGUAAGCCUGGAAUCCAGCAAUAAGCAGCUGCAGGGGGCAGUUUGUAAAUCGGUCAAGCUCAAAGGGGAUGCAAAGCCUAUGGAUCGUUAUGAAGAUGUCAUUGUCUACACAUACAAAAAUGAUACCCAUGUCACAUCAGUGAUGGAAAAUAAGUCUGAUGAGAAACUGAUUUUGCAAGUCAACAAUGAACAAUGUAAAAACUGCAUCAGCAGCCGAGGAUUGCAAGUGUUCGCUGUGGAGCUGCUACCAAAAUCAGUCAUGGUCUGUCAACAUGUCAUGCCACUGAAUGAAAAACAAGAGUGGAUGUACAAUUGUGUGCAAAAUAUCUUAUCCUAAAUGCCAGUGAGCCAAUAUGUGGGAAUUGUCGGGAUUUAUUUUCUAGCAGCCAUGGAAUCAGUAUAAUACAUAGCACAUUGUUAACUGGUGAUUCAAUAUGUAUUAACAAACAUGGUGUGAAAUGCCAAAUGUAUAUAAAAAUAAAUUGUAGUCAUUUGA